AUGAGUGACUACGAAAACCUCUACCAGGCUGGGAUGUAUCUAUCCCCCGGCCAGCAGGAUCUCCUCCUUGCUGCUCUAUCAUCCAACAACCCAUCCCAAAAGAACCCCAACCAUACCCCGCAGAUUAAGCAAGAUCUCAGCCCCGAUCAAUCCUCAAAUGGUGGCCUGAGUGGGCCCCCGUCGGGUGGAUAUGAGAAUGCUCAGUUUAAUGGCUUGGACUUCGGGGAGAAUGAGAGUCCCUACCUCGACUUCAACCCAGACGUCGACUUCGAGUUUCCUGGCUCGGGAGAUCUGAUCGGGGACUUACCCGAUGGCGAGUAUGAACUCGGUGAGAAACGGAAGUCGAUGGAUGGGAAGUCGGAUGACGAAGAGGAGACGGGUAAGAAGCGGCGGGAAAGCGAGGCGAAGAAGCCGGGUCGCAAGCCGUUGACGUCGGAACCCACGACGAAGCGUAAGGCUCAAAACCGUGCCGCACAGAGAGCGUUCAGGGAGCGCAAGGAGAAGCACCUCAAGGACCUGGAAACCAAGGUGGACGAGCUACAGAAGAACUCGGACACCACUACCCAGGAGAAUGGCCUGCUCCGAGCCCAGGUGGAACGUCUCCAGGUGGAGUUGCGUGAGUACAGGAAGCGUCUCUCAUGGAUGACGAGUGGCAGCGGCCGCUCAGCCAUCAGCGCCAUUCCCAGCGCUCACUCUAAGGGAGCCUACGGGCUCCAGAACAACGAAUUCUUGUUCGACUUCCCCAAGUUUGGUGACCUUCCCGGAUCCCAUCUGUUUAAUGGCCAGGGCAACAAGAACGAUCAAUCGAAGGCCAAGUCGAGUGAUAACGUGCCUCGUGCCCCUGGUGUACUGAGUCGUCAAAAUGGAAGCCCGGCUAGUUCCAGCAAUUCGAAAGCGAGCACCCCCACGGCCGGUCCCAAUUCCAAGCCAAGUCCUUGGUCGAAUGGGACCCCCGCUUCCGUCAAAACCCCUUAUAAUAACCUGAAGCCUUCCAACGCCUCGACUCACGACACAUCGACCUCGGAUUCGCCGUCUUCCUCAUCUGACUCGCAUCAGAGCCAGCUGCUUUCAUCAAGUGGCACCUCCCCAGAGCCCAGCGUGAAUUCCCCACCAGACCACAAGCCUAAUGGUUCCGGUGCGAAUACUUGCAGUAUUCAUGGAUCGAUCAAUGGCGAACAAUCCUUCUGCGCCCAACUGGGCAUGGCUUGCGGCAACAUCAAAAACCCCAUCCCGGCGGCUCAAAAGGGCAAGUCCAACAGCAUUUCGAGCGAUCACCCAGCCUCCACCGAUGAUUACGGGCUAGACUGGUUGUCUCAACAAAAUGGUGGUCAAUUCGACCCUGUACUGUUUGGUGACUGGCGGGAGCCUCAGGACGCCGUGCUCUCCCAGGACUUUGAAGCAACAACGCAGCCGACGCCGAAGCCGCAGCCACAGCCGAAGAAGGAUCUGAUGUCUCGAAUUGACCAGAAGCUUGAGGAAGAGGUUGUCCCAGGCGAGGACAAGAAUUCGAUGCUAUCUUGCAAUAAGAUUUGGUAUGUUAAUAACCCUUUUGAAGAUCCGAUUGUCGACCAGUCACUAACGCACUCUCCUCCCAGGGAUCGACUACAAUCGAUGGAGCGAUUCCGCAAUGGCGAGAUCGAUGUUGACAACCUGUGCUCAGAGCUGCGCACUAAGGCCCGCUGCUCUGAGGGUGGUGUCGUGGUGAACCAGAGUGAUGUCGAUGAUAUCAUGGGUCGCGCGAAGUAA